CGCCGCUCUAGACUGACAACACGCUCCAACUUACUCUUCCAAUAUGGCGAACCCGAGGAAAUUUGCCGAGAAAAUUGCCUUGCACAACCAGAAACAGGAAGAGGGAACGCGUGCUUUCGAACAGAUUAUGAAAGAGGUUUCCAUACUUGAGGUAUUUUUAAUUUUCUUGAUUAACAGAUAUUUUUUUUAUUCGUUUUGUUGUGCGUUGUUGACAUGUCAGUAGCACAGCUGAAUAUGGAUUUCUUCUCUGUUUUCAAGCCUACCAAAAAGCCCCAACACCAGCAGAUGCAACAACAGUACUUUGGAGGAUCGUUGCCAAAUGUGAACAUCAGUCUAGCGCAUGCACACCGACUAGACCUACAGGUAAUUUUUGUUUUACACUUCACGAUUGUGUUCAUCUGCUACGGGAUUAUAGUACAUUUCUGUGCAUUUGUUUUGAGGUUCGAUUCUAAUGAAAUGAUACUGCUUUCGAUCUUCAGACCGCGUUAGAUAGUCUGGAUCGUCUCACAGGGUUGCAUCACAGCGUUGGUGAUCGUAUGCCUAUAAGUCAUAAACAACGGUUCCAAGGCGGCCGAACUCAAUUUAACCCGAACAAUCGUUUUCGGGGAAUAUCCUUCUCAUAGUCUGAUAAAGAGUUCAGAUCGUCACCUUAGUCAAGUUAAGGGACUUUGGUAACAUAUGUCACGAUACGGUUUACAGAUAUCACAAGUUGUAUUUUUUUUAGUUCUCGAUUACUUUUUGUUCCUGGUUAUUUGAUUUUCUCAGUCAGAUUUACUAGAAAGUAAAUACGUUAAUGUUUCGUGAAAUAGUUGUGUCAAGAUCGUGACGGUGUAGAAAGAGAAACGUUAUAGGGUUCGUUGCAAAGAAGUUAUUUAAAGAACAUGACAUAGUUUAUACAUCGAUUUUUCGAAGCUUUAGUCAGCCUUAACCUUGAUCACAUAGACACAUCACCCUACCAUGUGUCUGGUUGCCAUUUAUCACCUCCUCAAGAUCGGUAUUCGCAAGAUCAAGGUUGGCGAGAUAGAAGGUAGGUACAUUCAAAUCCCAACCCAGUGUGUCAUAAUAGCUUGAUGAGCUUACUUAGCAUUUUGCGUAGUUAUUCAAUUACUUACGCUGAGGAGUCCGUAUACUGGUCUUUUGGAAACAGUGAUAUUGUACUUACCUGUUUGGCUGUAGCAGAUGCGCUUUCAGGAAGAGCAAAACGAUUAAUAUGGUUCAAAUUUUGUUUGGGUAGCGAAAGGCUCUAGUUGAAAGGUGAAUUGACCUCUAGUUUCCCGCGCAAAUUUAUCAUUGCACAAACAUAAAUUUUCUAAGCGAGUCUGUUCUCUUUUGGCAAGUGAUUUGUUGUCAUUACUACGGCAAUAGUAGUGGUAAUUUUGUUGUUUUCGAUAAGAUCUCAUCUUUUUGGGAUUUCGUGUUCACCUGUUGGUUUGGUUGAGAUAAUGGAAGUGUUUGUACAACUUAUUACGAUUGAGGAGUGCAUCAGGCAAUCGUAGUCAAUUUGGUAACGGCCGCAAAGUCUAAAUUAAAUCCAAAAUACAAUCAGAAAAUUGGAAAAAAUUCCAUGGAUAAUUCUAGAAGCUUGUUUUCUAUUUUUUCCUCAUUUGUGAGUCUAUUAAUUAAGUUAUUGUUAGGAACUAGAAGUUCAAAUACGAAUUAAUUAUUUUUUAUGUACUUAAAACUGUGUUUACAUUUGGUGAAAUCAAAUGCUUACUCUUUACUCCUUGAUGUUUUCUUUGACUCUUAAAUCUUUGUUACUGGAGUAACACAGGUUAACAAUUGCCAUAGAUAUACAAAAUUACUUUUGUUAUACUAUGAUGUGUAUUGUCUUUUAUAUCAAAGUGCAGUUUUAAUAUAGUGAAAAGAGUGCAUGUGAUGUAGAUUAGCUUUGUGUUAUGCAUGGGAAGCAUGGGGGUGCUGAUCAAGUCUCAGUCACAAAUUUUAGAAAAAAUUUUAAAGUGCUCUCCAACCAAUCUCAAUUAGAAAUCAUUAAAUCGCUUUAAUUUAUUACACAUUGAUUUCAACUUUUUGCAGUAGUUUUCAAUUUCUGCACUAUGUCACUAUUAGACACACUCAGUUAUACUUUUGAAUAAAUAAUAUUUUUUAAGAAUAUGAGGGGUAAACCCUUUUAAUUCACUGUGACAGUCUUUUUCCUUUGUGUGUCCCUUGCUUCAUGUUUGAAACUUUCUCUAAAUUAUUUGCCUUUCCAGACCCAUUUUAGUCAUAUUACUAUACCUCUCUGAACAUUCCAUGAGGCAUGAGGUCAAGAUGGCUGAAUGUUGGCCAAGGUUUUUUUUUUCUUGCAUUUCUUUGGACAGAGAAAAAGUUGAGGUCCAUAAAAAUGAAAAAACAGAACAAGGCUAAUAUUCAGCCAUCUUUGCCAAACAAGCUUGGUCAGUAAAGAAUCUACUAUAUUACAGAGAUUUUGCGCUUUAACACAAAUCAAGAAUGACUUGUUUCUUCUAAGAGCUGGGAAAGAAAGUCAACUGUGCUUGUGACACAAUGAACCCACCAGAUUUGUGUUUGUCUUCUUUAUUUUGACUCUCUUCUGCUACUUUUUGCGUCUCCAUUGCCAACAAUGCCCAAGAAUCAUGAACAUUGUUUUUCUGUUCCACACAAUUUCUUUCUUGAGCAGGAUCAAAGCAGGCAACCUUGAGCCUUGCUUACUCAAGUAGCCAAUCAGAACACAGGAUUUGCUUCAUAUUUCCCAAGGGUGCUGCCAGCUAUAUAAUAAAAAUACUUAUUGUCAUUCUACAUCUACAGUUUUUAUAUUUAACACCAAAUAUUCUCAGCACGAUGUAGAUUAACUGGACCCAGAUUCUACUCAAACAACUAGAAGAUGCAUGCAUAAAUUGUAAAAAUUUAAGAUUAACAGAGAGUGGAAAACCACUGUAUAGAAUUGAAAACUAAAGAUACAAAUAUGCAAGUUGGAUGAAAAGAAAUAAGGAAAAGAGAAACUCUUGUUGAAAAGUGACCCAUCCCAGUCAACAGAAAUAACUUUUUCAAAAUCAAGACUAUGUACUUAUCACAUAACCUUUUUAUGCUCACUGAGUAUCAACCAAAUAUUAUAGGUUAAUGAUUAACUCAUCAUGUGAUUUCUCCAUGGGGUAGAGAGGAAAUAUACUAUGGAACAGCGCCUUUAGCAUGCUAUGGUGUAUUUGAAUAUGUAAAUGGUAUCUUACCCAGUACAUUGAGUAUCUUUUGUUGGUUUUAGUUGACAUGCAUCUGCUGAAAUGCAUUUUUGCUUCUUAUUAUCUUCUACAGAAUUGCAUCUGAUUCUGCUCUCCAUGAUAGUGUUGUCCGUGCAGAGGUGAAACCCAAAGGUAGGACUUCUAUCAGCUUUACAUUAAAGUGAGACUCAAACCUUACUGGUGCUCCUAAAAACUAACUUUUGUGUAGCAAAAAGGAAAGAAGUGGAAAUCAUUAAUUAGUAUUACUGAGAAAGGCAUCAGUAUCAACCCAGUAAACCCUAGCAUUAGUUUCCAUAUUCUCCUUACUCUUUUCUGUACAUUUCCUUUGGUACUGGCAAGGAGAAUUUGUUUAACAAUCAAAACUUCAUAGGUGUAGCCAUUAUUUCCUCUGUUCUCAUAAUCUUAAUGAAUGAUUCAGCAAUAUUACUGUAAGGAGAAACUAGAUGGUGGUUUCUCUCAGGGGCCCAAAGGUUAAUACCCGGACAUAGGAUUUUGUGUGCUUAGUUAUCUUGUUAUUUAGUGUGUAGUUAUUUAGUUAUGAUUUUACUCAACCUAUUUGAAGCAGUCAUAACCUUUCGAUUAAAUUUCUAUCAUCUAUUUCUGUCAAAAUAUAGAAAUUGUACCAUGAAGAUAUAUUAAAAAAUGCCUAUAUUCGUUGACAUUUUUUUUAUAUUUAACACAUUUCAAUUUGGGAGUGCAAAAAUAUGGAUUGAGUAAACAAGCACUAUGGUUAUUUGGAAUGAAAAUUUAUUUUGUUAACUGUCACAACAUAAAAGGCUCAAAAGAUUUCACAAAAAGAAUGAUUUGAAUUUGGGGCUUCAUUUUAAGUUCCAGAAUGAGUUUGUUUCCUUGUUAUUUUUACAAUUAUUGUAUAAGGUAACUUUGUAGAUAUAAGGUAAAUUUGUAGUAAAUAGUUUGUUAGUUUACACUGAGAACAUUUUCCAUUUGGGUAUUCUCUAUCCAUUGACAAUGAAAAUUAUCAUUAGUACCACAGUAGUGUCCUCAAUAUAUUUUUUUUCCAUGACUCAAACUUUGCUAAAUGGUUUACGUGAUUGAUAAACAAUUGAAAAAGUGGUAUUUCUUCUUAUCUCCAAUAUGGAAGUGGUCGUAAUGAAAAAAUAGAAUUUAUUGCUUGGACUUGCAACCAACAGUUAAAAUGGUGUUUACAAAUACAAAGGCUUGGAAUAGUAGUCCAGAAUAAUGGCAACAAGUUUUUCUAAAGUAGAUCAUGAAACUACACUUGGGAAGCUUUUUGAAGACAAGCCAUUCUUGCUAAAACUUUCCUCUCUUCCCUGUGUCUCCUUUUAGUGCCAGUGGCCAUUUAUUAUAUUUUUAUUUAUUUUGUAAAUUCCACCUCAGUAGUGAUGUAGUAAUGUUGUUUGAUUACAAUUUGACAUUGGUCAUCAUGUUUAUUUCCAACAAGAUAACAUUUAAUUAUUUUUUGUACCCCUGUUUAUUUAGAAAAAACAUUGCCAUCCCAUGAAAGAAAGGUGAGUGUAGAAUUAGUACAUAUUCACAGAGUAUCUAUUGUCUUUUAUAAGGUGAAAAAGAAGAAACUCUGCUUUUGCAUUCAGUGAAACUUAAGCAUUAGUAAAAUUGUUACUGAAAUGUAAAGAAAGAUUUCAAGAUAACUCUGUCUUCUUUUUGGCAAUAAAUUUAUUUUAAAAAAAACUUUUUUGUAACAAACUUAUUUAAUUUUUCAAAUGUUUGAAGUCAAAUCUAUGUCUGUAGGUUUUUUUGAGGAUAUAAUGAGCAUGGACUGUUUAGAGUUUGGUUACUCGUUAAUUUCAUGGUAUUUUACUUUGCUCUCUGUUAAUGUUCCUGUUUGUAAACUUAAAAAGAUUAUAAAUGCACUUUUCAAGUUUUUUUUUUUUUUUUUUUUUCAAAUUGUGUUUAGAUUAUCUAAAUGUAAAUCAGGAAAAGAUGGAGUUGAAAUUUCUACUAAAACUCAAAGGAAAAAUUCACUUCUCUAUGUUUUCUUUACUCUGAAAAUUUGUAAUAAUGAUAUCUUUUUAAUUUAAUCAGAGGUACUUGUGUCCUUUCUUUUGUCCUGAACCGAUAUAGCAAAAAAAUUCUCACUGACAGUUACUUUUCUUUUGCAGGUUCGCAGUCCAUCUAGACCAAAGUCUUGUGAAGUGCCUGGAAUGUAAGAUUUCAAUUUUUUCCUUCCUUUGGAGUGUAUUGAUCUUAUAUUGAUAAUCUACAAUAUUUAUGUGUAUCGUGCUUAGUAACUAAAAUGUGUAGUUAUUGUAGGAUUGCAGAGGAAAAUUUCAAUAAUAAUUAUAAUAAUAAUAAUUAGUAAUUGUAAGUAGACAAAGAGGUUAAAAAUCCAAAUUAGCGGAAGGCAGACCAUUUUGCCAGAGCCAAACCAUUUGGCCAAAUACAAAGUGCAGCCAAGGAGUUGAUCUCUGGAUAACCACGAACAAUUGGAGUGAGGAGCAGGAUGAAGGGCUUAAACCUAGGCCCACCAGAUAACAAGUCAAGAACUCUAACCACUUGGCAGGUUGCCUCCUCUAAUUCCCUGACCCAGGAUGUCAUUGUCAGAAAUGAUCACAUAAUGGAGCUGAUUUACUUGCUAGACAGAGCAACAACUUUUCAAUCCUUCUAUUUUCCAGUUUAGUGGGGUUUUCAACUCUCCUGUUAUCUUGCUUUUUUUAAUGGUUGACAGUUUUGUCACUAAAGAGCUUUUGCAUUGUUAGAGGCUGAUAAACCACUUCUGGUGUGUUAAAACUUCUUUCUUUGACAAAGCCACUUUCUCAACUAUCCUUAGAUAAUUUUGAACCCAAAUUAAAAAUGCAGUGAGGCAAAGUGAUGUCUGGGUGUUUUGUUUUGGCAUUAGGUAACAGCUUCAAGUGAUUCUUUAAAAUGUGUUAAAUUGCACUUAAGAAACGUAUUGAUUCAGUCGAAAUGUAUAGAAAGGGAAACUGAUAUUAUAAUAUAAUAUAAUUCUUGGUUUAAAAUAUUGCCUUGUCCCAAACACUAAUGACUAUUUUUGUCAAGAACAUGGCAAUGUUUUAAAAUUUUAUGUGUAAUCUUUUGUUUAAUUGCUAUUUGACUGAAGUUUCACUUCUUCUUCAUAUUUUGAUUACUAGGACUUUCCCAGCAGAACAUGUAUCACAGACAGGCCCCAACUUACCAAUAGCCACUGCCAGUACAGGUGGUUCUCUUCCAGAUCUCACAAACCUGAAUAUUAUUCCCUCUCCACUGAUAACACCCCUUGACAAUGAUGAACAUGUGAAUCAAGCCUUGUCUUCAACCCAGCUUCAAAUGUCACAAAGACAGAGUCCUGUUCGACGGCCAGUAGCAAAUCAGCAGCAAAUGAGGAAACCACAAUACACUGACCAAAUACCAUUAAUGGAUGCCAAUCUACGGCCUCUUGAAAGCAGGUUGCAACAAUUCCAGUUUUAUCCUCAGAAUAACGAUUUCGGUUCACAUGGAGGCUCAGCAACUACUACAAGUGCUUCACCAACACUUUCCCCUACAUCAUCAGCACCUAUGACUCCACUCUUUGGUAGCCUUCCCACUAGUCCACUGUCAUCAUUUAAUCCUGAGCUCUACUUUAAACAGCAACAACAGCAGCAAUCAAAUACACAAGCUUUACAACAACAACAACUAGAACAAUUUUCUAUGCAUCGCCCAGUGGCAGUAGGAGGGAUGUUGAAUUCUUCAAUGCAACUGCCCUUCCAAACUUUGUUGGCACAAACACCAACUACUAUUCCAGGUCAGGGAAUGCCUAGCUUAGCACAUUUUUAUGGUCCAGGCCAUGCAAGGGUACCAGAUUUAAUUGUGACUGGUUCAGAUGAUGACGGAGUCAAAUCAGACUUUGCAAAAGAUCUUAGUACAGCCAUGGGCCAUAUUGGUGGUGAUGAUUCUGGCGAUAUGUAUGCCCCUGAUGAUCCAUUACAAAAAGUUGUGCUUGAUCCAUUGGACAUGGAAGGCUUUCAAAUGUUGUCUGGCCAGGAUUCAGAGCUCACUGAUGCUGCAACUGAAGAUCAGUUUCGUCUGGACCGCCUUGGGUAG